AUGGCUGGUAAAUUCGAACCUAAGACUCCUGUUACUCUGAACCCACCAAAGUACGAUCCUAUUUCGGUGGAAGAACUUGCAAAAUGCAAUGGUUCUGCUAGCGAUAAAUGCUAUGUUGCAAUCAAGGGCAAAGUCUACGAUGUAACAGGAAACAAAGCAUAUCUUCCUGGCGGUGCUUACAAUGUCUUUGCUGGCCACGAUGCUUCCCGCGCUUUAGCCAAAACUUCUACUAAAGCUGAAGACGUAUCCUCGGAAUGGUUCGAUCUCGAUGAUAAAGAGAAGGGUGUACUCGAUGACUGGAACACAUUUUUCUCGAAGCGAUACAAUAUCGUCGGUCUCGUAGAGGGAGCGCAGAACUUGGAUCCAAAUGAAAAAAUAGAGGGUGCCUCGAGUUGA